CACCUCGAUGGACCGAUGAGCCUGCAAGGGCCGCAUAGAAUACAAUAUUUUUGAUUCGUCUCCAUCUUCAAAACUUAGUAUACGACAUGACUGUCUUCUCUCUCGUAAUUAUCAACAAGGCCGGCGGUCUGAUAUAUAACAAGACCUUCCACGAGGGCGGCCUUAACAAAAUCAGCACCAAUGACUAUCUUGUAUUAGCAGGCACUUUCCAUGGAGUUCAUGCCAUUACUGCGCGCUUGAACCCCAUCAAGCCAGUAGCACAGCCUCCUGCUCCUGGGUCAAAUGAAUUGCCGGGCCGUCCAGAGCCUUCGUCUGGAUUGGAAGUCAUGGAAACAGAAAACUUCCGUAUGCAGUGCUUCAAUACUUUAACGGGCACCAAAUUCUUGCUCUUCACUGAAACUACACAAACCAACGUGGACGUCACAAUCAAGAGGAUAUACGACUUGUACGCCGAUUAUGUCAUGAAAAACCCCUUUUACUCUUUGGAAAUGCCUAUACGGUGCGACAUUUUCGACCGAAAACUAUUGUCAUACAUCAGAGAAAUUAAUAACCGAUAAGAAGAAGAGCGGGGUCGCAGUCAAUAGGUAUAGAUAGAAUGAAAGGUAUCGGGAUCAAAUUUAGAUUCCAUAUUAAGCCCUCGAAUGAAUCGUGAUUAUCAUAUCUAGCGUUCUCCUCUAAGGCCCCAUUGAUUAUUUAGUUAUACACCGUCUAUCAUGGCACCGUAACUAUA